AAGAUGUCGUACUGCAGCAACAGCCACGGUGGUGAUGGAGGUGAGAAUACUUCAAAUACUGCUAGAGGAUGGGAACCAUCUUGAUAAAUUUGGUUGUUAAAGGGGUGUUUUCAUUUACACUGGGAGUCAAGUAGAGGAUAUGGCAACUAAAGCUGGUGGAUAUAAUAGAGUAGUAGAAGAGAAUAGGAAAUUAUUUAACAUGGUUCAAGAUCUGAAAGGUAAUAUUCGAGUUUACUGCAGAAUCAUACCCUUAUUCCAGGCUGAAUCCAAGAAUAUUAUUGAUUUCAUUGGGGAGGAUGGUUCUCUAUUCAUUUUAGAUCCAUCCAAAACAUUGAAAGAUGGAAGGAAACUUUUUCAGUUCAAUCGGGUUUUUGGUCCAAAGGCUGGCCAAGAUGAGGUUUUUAAGGACACUCAGCCGUUAAUUAGAUCCGUGAUGGAUGGAUAUAAUGUUUGUAUUUUUGCAUAUGGUCAAACUGGAUCUAGGAAGACAUACACCAUGAGUGGUCCAUCAGGUGGAACCUCUAAGGAUAUGGGGAUCAAUUAUCUCGCUCUUAACGAUUUGUUUCGAAUGUCUAAUGACAGGAAAGACAUUAUGACAUAUGACAUUUAUGUUCAAAUGGUUGAGAUUUACAAUGAACAAGUUAGAGACCUACUUGCUGAGGACAAAAUAGAUAAUAAAUUAGAGAUUAGGAGCUGUAAUGAUGAUGGAUUGAGUCUUCCUGAUGCUACAUUGCGUCCGGUGACAUCUACAACUGAUGUUUUGACCCUCGUGAAACUUGGUAAGGUCAACCGUGCUGUCAGUUCCACUGCACUGAACAAUAGGAGUAGUCGUUCCCACAGGUAAUUUUUAAAAUUUGUUCAGACCCUAUAACUUGAAUUUAAAUGUUUAAUGCAGACACUGAUAAUAAAGGCUGUUUAAUUCAGUGUACUCACCGUGCAUGUUCACAUAAAAGAUGUGAUCACAGCACUAGCUCAAAAGAAUUCUCACAUUCCAUAUAGAAAUAGCAAACUCACACUUCUUUUGUAGGACUCUUUAGGUACACACUAUUGAAUUUUAUCUUGAAUUCUAUUGCACAAGAUUCUGUCUUGAAUUCUUUUACCUUAUAGAGUCUUUGUCUCUCUCUCACAUUUCCUUUAGUAAUAAAAGUUAUCUUAUGUUUGGUAUAGUAGGAUAAAAAUCCACUUAUGUUGAUAUAUUUUGAGGAGGUUGGUAAAGUGAUCAAGUAAGACUUUAAACACCCUUGAAAUAAGAUAGUAGGGCUCACAAAUAAUAAAACUUACAAAUUCAAAGGUGAUUAUAAAUUUACUUUUCCAGUUUUCCAAACCUCCACAUUUUAGAUGAUCUUUUUCCCCUUUCGUGACUAGAACUGUUUGACUUUUUUGGUGAACUGUUUCACUUAUAAAUUCUAAUUUAGGAUACAAAAAAAUUGGAGCAACUUUACUCUGACCCAUUCCUGAGGUUAGUUUAUGAUUGCAUUCUUAUGGAUGCUGAAAUGGGUAUUGGCUGUCAUUUCUGAUCGUAAAAGAAGCAUUGCUAUUUUAUGUUCAGAUAAUUUUGAAGGUUAGCCUUU